AUGUGUGAGCAGGUGCUGGUUCUGAGGAUGGAGUGGCUCUGGAGCUCGCUGGUGUUGCUGGUGCCGGCGGUGGUGCUGGUCACUGCUGGUGUCUUCUACAUGUACGGCCUGGUGCUGGGGCUUCUCUCCAAGACGUCUGUGAGGAACAAGGUGGUUCUACUGACGGACGCUCUCACUGGACUGGGCAAAGAGUGUGCGGGCCUGUUCCACCGUGGAGGAGCUCGCCUGGUCCUGUGUGGCAGAGACUGGGACCAGCUGGAGGAGCUGUCGGACCAGCUGAGCCGAGACUCUGACCCGGCCCAGGUGAGACUCAGAACGCUUACACCAGACCAGCUGAGAGACAGGACCAUCAGAGACACACAGUCCUCCUCUGAUGGUCUUGAGAAGAGAGAGCACAUAACCCCUGUGCUGGUAUUACUGCCUUCUGUAGAUCUGACAGAGCUGCGUUCUCUGUACGAUGGUCUCUCUCUGAUUUUUCUCUCUGGUCUCUCUCUCUGGUUUCUGCUGUGUCCCCCUCUUCCUCCUCCUCCCCCUCCUCCUCCUCCCCCUCCUCCCCCUCUUCCUCCUCCUCCCCCUCCUCCUCCUCCCCCUCCUCCUCCUCCCCCUCUUCCUCCUCCUCCUCCUCCUCCCCCUCCUCCCCCUCUUCCUCCUCCUCCCCCUCCUCCCCCUCCUCCCCCUCCUCCUCCCCCUCCUCCUCCUCCCCCUCCUCCUCCUCCUCCCCCUCCUCCCUCUCUUCCUCCUCCUCCCCCUCCUCCUCCUCCCCCUCCUCCUCCUCAGACGUUCCCGGUGAAGCUGGUCCUCCUGGACUUUGGGGACAUGGCGUCUCUCCCGGAGGCGGUGGAGGAGGUGCUGGAGUGUUACGGCUGUUUGGACAUUCUCCUCCUCAACAGCUCCGUCAAGGUGAAGGCUCCUGCUCACACAGUGUCUCUGGAAAUGGACAAACUCAUUAUGGACAACAACUACUUUGGCCCCGUCACUCUGACCAAAGCUGUACUUCCUACGAUGAUCUCCAGGAGAAGUGGACACAUCCUGCUCCUCAACAGCAUCCAGAGCAAACUGCCUGUGCCAUUCAGAUCACACUACUCGGCGUCCAAACAUGCGGUCCAGGCCUUCUUCGACUGUCUCCGAGCUGAAGUGGAGGAGUUCGGAGUCACCGUGAGCUCCAUCCAUCACACCUUCAUCUGCAGCAGCUCGGCCCCACAGGAACAGCGCCCCCUGGGGUCCUGGCUGUUCCCCCGCCGGCCUGCAGGGGUCAGUGUUGAUGAAGCAGCAGCAGAGAUCGUGAAGACCCUGAACAACAGGAAGAGGGAGGUUGUGUUGGCAGCGUCUCUGCCCAAACUGGCCGUGUGUGUGCGCUCCCUGUGUCCCAACCUCUUCUACUCUGUGACCGCGGCCGGGCUUGCCCGUUACAUUGGUGGCAGCGGUGUCCUUCGGAAUACUCGGGAAUUGCAGUUGGCGUUAUUUGGUGAACUAUGUGGACCCAGGGGGGUGUGCAAUAUCAGAGUGGACCUGCCUGCAGCGUUUUGUGGAGAUGGACGUAAACUUUUCGCUACCUGGAUAAAGCAGUUCGAAGCGGCGGUCCGUGCUCAGACCCGGGGUGAUGGGAGAAGCUAUGCCGCGUCCUUAACCGCUCUGCUGCCCACCCGGCUGGAUGGUGCGGCGUUUCUGUUGUGGGACAGCCUGCCCUCGUCUGUGCAGUGUGAUUUUGAACGGGUGAAGGAAAAACUCAAUGAGGCUUUUGGACAGAAACAGUUUUUGCUGUAUUUUCAGACGUGCGUCUCGGCUCGUCCCCGUGGGGCGAGCGAGAGCCUGGAGCUGUACGCUGCGGACCUUUCCCGGCUCGUUGCUGAAGCUUUCCUGGAGUAUGACAAAAUGGCACAGAAUGGUGAGAAGUUCUGUCGCUUUCUGGCUGGACUUGACCCUGGGCUGCGGGCCAAAUGCCACGAACAGGGCGCAACUGACUUGGAGGAAGCACUGAUGAUAGCGGGUCGAUGCGAGCGCGCUAGAAUGGCCCUGGGUGUGGGUCUACAGAGCGGACCCGGCUCCCAUCCUGCACCAGCCACGGUGGCCUCUCUCUCCGCGGCUGAGGGGACAGCGCUGGGCACUUCCGGAGUGACGGGAAAGCUUCUCGGUGCUGUGGAGCGGCUUACAGACAGGAUGGACAAACUACAGAUGGAGGUGGUCAAUUUGAGAGCACAACGGAGUGACCACACACCUCGCACUAGUCAAGGUUUUCCGCGUGCCUGCGAGUGUGGCGGAUUUGGCUGCAGAUCCUCUGCUCGUGAGCAUCGCGUGGAGUGCAAUGGUCGUGCACCGCGAUACGUAUCCAGGAAUACCCGGGAGUGGUCCCCACAGGCGCAGGAGGAUCGGGGCGCGGCGCCUGAUUACCCUCACCGCCGUGAAGAGGACGAGACUCCCCGGAGAGGACGUUUCGCCGUGGAGCCAGAGUGGAGACGCGGUACGGAACCAGGGAAACGACCACGGGAGAUCGACAGGCAGGUGCAGCGACUCCUGGCAGAUGGGGUCAUUGAGGAAAGUUGUAGCCCGUGGUCCUCUCCUGUGGUGCUUGUGAGGAAGAAGGACAACACAUGGAGGUUUUGUGUGGACUACAGGGGUCUGAAUGCGGUCACGAUAAUCAUGGUGAGCUCUGAGACGCAGACUAUGGAUAUGUCAACUUCGGUGGCUGUAUGUGGGGUCGAAGCUUCUACGGAGGCUCCCCUAAGUGCUCAGGCAUCGGAUUCUUGUGAGCCCUCAGUACCCCCUGACGGGAGUGACCUACAAACCCUCUUUCAGGAAGGCUCCAACGUAAGGCGUCUGCAGCAAGAGGACCCAGAUAUUCGAUCUCUGUUGGAGUGGCUUAGAGCGGGUGAGAGGCCGUCCUCAGUGAGGAUUAAAGGGGCUGGUAAGGCUCUCCGUAUUUUGUGGCACGAGUUUCCUCGCAUGACCAUGAUUGACGGAAUUGUGCACAGGGUUGUUGCCCUGUCUGAUGUGGAACAGACAUGGCAGGUUGUCGUACCAUCGGUUCUGGUGCCGGAGGUCCUGCGUCUUCUUCAUGGGGGGCCCUUGACUGGCCAUUUGGCUGUGGAGCGGACCAUGGCCCGUGCACGCGGGGUGUGCUUCUGGCCUUGUAUGUAUCGUGACAUACGCACUUGGUGUGAGCAGUGUUAUGCCUGUCAGAGGCGCAAGGCGCCUGUGCCUCACCAUCGUGCUCCGAUGCGGACGACGUUGGCACAGCGCCCGUUUCAGCGGGUUGCGGCAGACAUAUUGGAGUUGCCGGUCACGUCGAGAGGAAACCGCUAUGUUCUGGUGGUGGAAGACUAUUUCACCAAGUUCGUUAACAUGUAUGCUAUUGCGGACCAGAGGGCUACUACCAAGGGGCCUUACAUUAUUGAGCGGAGACAGGAGCGUUGCGACGUGGUUGGGGUUACAUAUGUGAUUGGAAGUCCAUUUGGGGAAGAAGCUCCCAAACAGACAAUUCACUAUGAUCGACUACGUCCCUAUUGUUUGCCGAGUCCUGUUCCUUUGGCUGGCCCACCGAGAAGUGCCGCUCUAAGUACACAGGGCCCUGUGACCUACGAUGCACUCUCCUCACACGGUAAGCCUUCUGUGUCCACCCCUUCGCCAGUGAGGGAACAGGUGGACGGUGAAUUUGUACCGGAUGCGGCCCCUAUUGGUCGUCAGGUGCAGGUGUCGCGUUCUGGACGACACAGUAAGGCGCCUGGACGUUAUGCUGACUAUGUUAUGGGUUAA